GUGAACUUUGACCUGAAGAGAGCCUCUUCUCCCCCUCCCUCGCGGGGAAGAUGGCGCUUUCCAGGGUGUGCUGGGCUCGGACUGCUCUAUGGGUUUCGACGGUCACCCCUGGAUCUUAUGUCAACCGGAGGCUGCAGCUUGUUCGCUAUGGACUGGCCUGGGGGGGCCCUCGGUCUUCAAAGCUUCACCUUUCUCCAAAGGCAGAUGUGAAGAGCUUAAUCUCUUAUGUGGUGACCAAGACAAAAGUGAUUAAUGGGAAAUACCACCGUUUUUUGGGUCGUCAUUUCCCCCGCUUCUAUAUCCUGUACACAACUUUCAUGAAAGGCAGGAUUGCAGAUGUUAUGGGCUGAUGCCAAAAAGGCUAGAAGAAUAAAGACAAAUAUGUGGAAGCACAAUAUAAAGUUUCAUCAACUUUCAUACCGGGAGAUGGAGCAUUUGAGACAGUUCCGUCGAGACGUCACCAAGUGUCUUUUCCUAGGUAUUAUUUCCAUUCCACCCUUUGCCAACUACCUGGUCUUCUUGCUAAUGUACCUGUUUCCUAGACAACUACUGAUCAAACAUUUCUGGACUGCCAAGCAACAGAUUGAUUUCUUAGAUAUCUAUCAUGCUCUCCGGAAGCAGUCCCACCCAGAAAUUCUUUGUUAUUUAGAAAAAAUUAUCCCUCUCAUUUCUGAUGCAGGACUCCGGUGGCAUGUGACAGAGUUGUGCACCAAGCUACAGCGUGGUACCCAUCCAGCAAUACAUGACAUCCUGGCUCUGAGAGAGUGUUUCUCUAAUCAUCCUCUGAGUAUGAACCAACUCCACGCUUUGCAACUGAAAGCCUUGAGUCGAGCCAUGCUUCUCACACCUUAUCUGCCUUCUUUCUUGUUGAGACACCGUUUAAAGGCUCAUACCACUGUGAUUCACCAACUGGACAAGGCUUUGGCAAAGUUGGGGAUUGGCCAGCUGACUGCUCAGGAAGUGAGAUCGGCUUGUUAUCUUCGUGGUCUGAAUUCUACCCAUAUUGCUGAAGAGAGGUGUCGAACUUGGCUCGGAGAAUGGCUACAGAUUUCCUGCAGUCUGAAAGAAGCUGAGCUGUCCCUCUUGCUACACAACGUGUUCCUGCUUUCCACCAACUACAUUGGGACAAGGCGCUGAGUGCACAUGGAGCAGAUGGCAUUGUCCUGCAGUCACACAAUACAGCAGCAUCGGACCAAACGGCACUUGUCAGUAAUCUGUGUGCAGUUAGAUGUGUGUAAGGCAGAGGAGGGGGUGCCACAGGCUUUAUAGUGUGGUACCCAUGUGGGAGCUGGAACUAAAACAAACCCUCACCAGAGAUGGCCCAUGUGUGGUGUCAUCCCAACUUCCUUGGAAUUAGCUGUAGCUGGCAGCAGCCCCUGUACAAGGCUUUGACUGUGAUAUGUUAAGUUCGGAUCCUAGGAAGUGAGCUCUUGCCCCCGGUGGAAAUCCUCAUCGUUUGGCCCAGGACUUACCACUGCCAUAUUCUUUUUCAGCUAUGAUUUUGUUAAAAGCAGUUUCCGGCUGCUGAGGUGAACAGUACUACUUAAACUGGAGCAUUUACAUGCAUGUACUUCAGUGUUCUCCUCAACCCUUUGAGAGGACCAAAAAUAGUGAUUUUUCUUGUCCCCUUCACUGGGCUGGCUAACUACUCCCUUUCCUUUUCAAAUCCUUUGUCUUUUUUUUUUUUUUUUCGGUGAAUGACUUACGAGGACGUUCUAAUGGAAAAGAUAAAAGGAACUACAAGUGAUUCUUGACCCCUGCCCCAGUGUUUACAGCCUUCACACCCUGGUCUUAAUUUCUGGGCUGUACUACAACCCUGUGGGUCUUAAACUCUUUGCUACCUCCACUGUGUUGCAGCCAUCUAACUGUAACUGACAAUGGCUGCCUUCUUUAGGCCAUGGAGCAAACCUGUAAGGCACUAAUUACUACUCAACCCAGGAGAGGAGAGGUCUGCAUCCAGAUAGUAAGGUGGGUUUAGCUUUUGUCUGUGUAUGUACAUCAGUGACCUGUAGUUAACUUAUUGUAAAUGCAUGAAGCACUGUUUUUAAACCCAAGUAAAAACUGCCUGAAAUCAGCCGCUGGAAAUUA